UCAUAUCCUGUUAUGUGUUGGUGAGUGCAUGGCCUCGACGUUGAUCCCGUUCCAAGAUUUUAUUCCCAACGUCGCAGUCCUUUAUAUAUGUAAUAUUUACGACGAUAUUAUUCGUAAUGGUGUUCUGUAAAAGGCCAUGGAUUUGAUGAAAACGGAAUAUGAGUUCCUAGACUUGUCAGAUGUGAAAGAAGCGGAACUGAGCAGCUUGCAGAGCGCGCUCUUCAAGAAGAACCCAGAGUCCGUGUCCACCGCCAGGGUCGGUUGGACUGAUCCUGCUGUAGAUCUCUCUUCCUGUUCAUCGAGCACGGCGGGCCCACCGACCGUGUCCAGCAGCCUGGACAGCCUGUCCGGCGGCGAGUGCGAGAUGGCGCCCCACUCGCCGCAGCGCGCGUCCGGUCCGCCGCACGCGCCGCACCCGCCGCCCUACUCGCAGCCGCCCGCGUACCCGCCGCCGCCGCCGCACCAGUGGCCCGUCGGACCGCCUAACGUCUAUGUGAGCCAGGUCACAGCUAACGUGAACGUCCACGGUUAUAUGGGCCAGUACUACCAACCACCGCAGCCGCAGUAUGUCCCCCAACCUCCUCAAGUGGAAAGGCCUCACAGAAAUCACAGGAAGGACCGGCGCAACAAACGUGUCCCAUCCCCACCCCCUCCCCAACCACCUCCGUACUAUGUUCCUUAUUCACAAUAUUACCCAGCAGCUCAGGCGCAAGGAGCUCCAUUAUAUCAUCUUCCGAUGUACCAACCUCUAGUCUACGGGCCAUAUGCUUAUCCACCUUACUAUCAAGAUUACCCAAUACCAGUUGAAGGUGAUGCAAGUGAUAAAGGUCCAGAUGAGUAUCAGCAAGAAGUUGUUAUGGAACAGGAAGCGGUUGACGCUUAUUACGCCGGCGCGCAUUAUAUAACAUCACCUUAUGCGCCACCAGUUGAAGGUGGCGCCGAAUACAUGCCACCUAUGUACAUACCACCACCUCAUCACCCCACUCCAAUGCCUAUACAUCAGCAACCUCAGCAUCAACCUACUCCACACCAGUUCAAUGUGCAUGCGAAAAAUUUUGUUCUCGGCCAGCAUCACAGUAAAAACUUCUCGCCAGACAAAAGUCACGAACAAAAGAUAAUAACAGCUACUACAUCUGCUCCUACUACAAGUACGGUUGAAGCCCUCCCUAUUAAAGAUCUCAAGAUCACUAAAGGACCAAGCAGUCCAAAACAUGAGCAGAGACCAGUUGAGGUUGCCAAGCCUCCAGUGCCAGCUGAAAAGUUAUCCCCAACACUCAAAACUGAACCCCCAAAAUCAACUUGGACUCCUGAGAACAAGCCACAAGAAGUCACUCAGGUGCAAACUGUUGCAAAGACGUUUACUCCACCUACUCCUCUUCCUACUCAAGCAGUGACCAAGAUGCCUCCAGUACCCAAUAAAGCACCAAAAGGUCCUACUGCUCCAUUUUCUACGGGCAAGCAACCGCCUAAAGCUCCUGUACCAACUGCAGUUCCUCUUCAACAGUCUGUUUCUACACCGAAAGCACCAUUUGGUAACAGACAAAAGCGUGAGGGAAAUAAUAAUCGCUCACCGUCCACUGAUAACACUGAAAUAGAGAAAUCCGUGCAAAUCGAGCACCCUAAGCGAGAACCUCCAUUGCCGCCAAGCAAAGCCCCAAUGCCUAUUUCUAUAACUCUCCAUGCUCAAGGUCCUCCAGUUAUUGUGACAAAUAAAUCACCUUUUAGUCACUCGCGUAAAUCAGUACCUGUUGUAGAGCCCCCACCGGUACCCCAGCCACCUCCGCCAGCACCUACAGCAUCAGAUUUCCCUCCACCUCCAACUCCAAGGAAUAGAGGAGAGCCUGUACCCCCUCCGGUGGUACAACCACAACCUCAGCCAGCACCAGGAAAAUCUUGGGCCAGUCUAUUCUCCAACAAAUCCACCAGCACGGCUAUGCCGAUUACAGCACCAGUAACUGCAGUUCCAGUGGAAGAACCACCAAGCCCUACCACAUUAGCACCACCGGUGGCUGCAAAUGUGCCAAAGCCUGUGGCUAAAGUUCUCCCUUUUGAUGCUUCUCCAUUGCAAGCCCCCAUGCUGGAUAAAAGUUUGCCGACUAUUAAGGCAAGCGGGACGGCCGCACCUACUUUGUCUUAUUCAGAAAAGACUUCCGUGAACGCUGUUAGCAAUGUUGGCAACUCCACUCCGCUUGCUAAGCCUGUGCCAACGCCCAUGGCCGCAGAAGCUCGUGAUGUACCCGUACAGAAGGAAAUCCCGCCUGCACUCCCCAUUCAGCCUUCGCCGUUCAGCGAUGAUCCCAAUUCAUAUAGGAUGGGAGAAUUCCUGUCAAAAUAUCAACUGGACAAUCGCCCGGUGACCUUACUGCCUCGCGGUCUUACAAAUCGGUCUAACUAUUGUUAUGUGAAUGCAAUUCUCCAGGCACUGAUUGCUUGCCCACCAUUCUACAACAUGCUGAAAGCUUUACCUUAUCAAACACGUCGAGGAAAAUCCAGCACACCUGUUAUUGAUUCCAUGGUGGAGCUUUGCUACGAGUUCAGUCCACUAGCUAGUGCUACUCGUCGUGGUAGAGGCGAAGUUGGUGCAGCGGGCGCUGGUGCUCCGUCGGUCCCAGCUGGUCCUCCGCUAGAUGGCUCCUCCGGACUAAGAGUUCUCCGAGCCCUUCGACCAUUCCCUGGAUCACAGGAGGGAAGGCAGGAAGAUGCUGAGGAGUUCCUUGGAUGUCUGCUUAACUCACUGAAUGAUGAAAUGCUUGAAUUAAUAAAGCUUGUUGAACCUGAAGAGCCAAAGGACACAACUGCCAAACCGAAUGGAGUUGUUGUUCAAGAACAGCUUUUUGAUGAGGACGAUGAUGACGAUGAAUGGAAGGUAAUGGGACCACGUAACCGCGGCGCGGUGGAACGCCGGUGGGCCGCUCGUCGCACGCCCGUUGCUGACAUCUUUAGAGGCAGAACUCGCCUGCGACUCCAUAGGGCGCCGCAUCAUGAUGUCACUGACGCCGUGCAGCCAUUCUUCACACUUCAACUAGAUAUUGAGCGCUCGACAACGGUCAAGGAUGCCUUAGAACUCCUGGCAGGCAAGGACACCCUCGAAGGCGUAUCGGACGCGUGGCAACAGCUCUCCUUGGAACAACUGCCAGUUGUGUUACUGUUACAUCUCAAAUGCUUCCAACUGGAUGCGGAAGGGCACACUGCUAAGAUAGUCAAGAGCAUGGAUAUACCCAUCGACCUUAAAAUUGAUCCUAAGAUAAUGUCGACAAAGCACACGACGAAACAACGUUUAUACAAGUUGUUUGCUGUUGUUUAUCACGAAGGUGUUGAAGCUGUGAAGGGGCAUUACCUAACUGAUACUUUCCAUGGGCAAGCAGGAUGGAUCAGGUAUGAUGACUCAACAGUAACCCAAGUAACUGAUGCCCAGGUGUUGAAAUCUAAGCCUCCUCGUAUGCCGUAUUUACUUAUGUACCGUAGACAUGACACUUUGGUACCACACAGAGUUACCGGUAAAUUAGAAUAAGAAAACCUUUAAACGUGCGUAACAACCAUUGCCGUAUUGGCUUUAUACAGGAGGACCAGUAUUGCAGUGACAGUUAAGUGUUAAGAGUGAAAUUAAGUGGGUACUUUAAAAAGUGAGUUAGUUAUAAGUAAUCUGUGCCUGUUAAACAUUAUGUUACUGCACAACGAAGACACUAUAAUAUGUAAGAACAUUGUCACAUCUUUAUCGCAGUGCAACUGACUUGUCAAACAAGCUGCAGCUCAUUGCAGCUUAUGACAAAAAACAAAUUUACAUAAAUGUAUUUAGCAGGCCACAGCUUUAUCAAUGUAACAAGCUCAGACGCAUGGAAUUAGUAGCUUUGUCAAUAACAUACUAGAUGUGCAGAUCCGUACAAAAUCUAAGUGAAAGAGUGUCUGAAAAUAUUACUUAAAUUAAGAUAUUUGGAUGUUAAGCACACUUCCAAAGGUUUUAUCACUUGGAAACUAACAAAAAUAGUUUUAAAAUUUAUGUGUGAGACCAUAUUUCACACUUAAAAGUUGACAACAACUAAUACAUAAAUAAAUAAAUAAUAAGUGUACUUAUACAACAAUAAACAAUAACAACUAAUAAUAAAUAGUGCGUGUCUAGUUUUUUAUUGAUUAUAGGUUAGUAACCAUGGCACUACUUGUUGUUAAGUCAUAAGCUGUGGCCCUUCGGUGAGAGUGAUGCAGAAUUAUUGCUUAAAACUUCUUUUUUUUUUUAUUUAUCGGCACAAAUCCGGUUUCUUACCAAAUCGUUUGGUUUAUCAUUAUGUUUAUACAAAACUGAAAACCAGCCAGUGAAUAACAUGUUAAAUUUUUUUAUCAGCUAUGUUAUAUCUAGUUCUGUAUAUAGAUAGAGUAAGAGCUGUACAUAUGUUUUUUUUUUUCUUUGUAUGGAGUACAAAACCAGGACUUUCAUUUUUGUAAUAUAUACAUAUUUUAAUUUGAUUGCAUAACAUUUUUAAUUGAAUUGAUUGCUGACACUAAUGAAAUUUUCAAGUUAUUCAUACAAUACUAUGCUUGUAAAUAAUAUUUGUGUAAAAAUGUUUUUUUUAUAUGCUUCGAUUAUUUCGAAACAAGUGGAUAAAAUUUUUUGAAUGUAAAUAUCAUAUUUGUAAAUUCUCCCAAAAAUAUAUUUCGUGUUAUAUUUUUAUCUGGCUCAUUUUACAUUAGUUGUAAGUUUUGACAAUAUGGAAUUAUGUUAUGAAUAUUAUGAAAAAUAUAAAAAAAAAAAUUAGUGUUCUAUAUUAUAAAAUAUAAAAUGCAUGGUUCUGUAUUUGUCAUCCUUCAUGUAAUGAAUUUAAUUAUGAAGAAGAAAAAAAUGUAAAUUGCGGGAAGUACAAAGAAUUGUAUAUUGUUGUGGUAUGAAAGAAAGACGCUUGUUUUGUUUUUAUUUCGAAAAAACCAUUGAAAAUAUAUAUUUUUAUUACAAAUUACAAUAAAAUACCAAAAAGUUUUUUUUUUAUCAUUAUCUUUAAUUGUCAAUGGUAUGACUUUUACGAAACUGCUCAUUUAUUGUGAAUGGCAGUUGACUCAAUAGUUUAAUGAAAACUAUUGCAAUUAUUUGAUUUAUUUCAACAGUUCUAUAAUACAGUGUAGCAAAUUGAAUAAAAACAAAAUACGCGUCCGUAUACCAGAUUGCAUUUUAAUCGGGGAAUGCAUGGAAUAGUUGAUAACAGAGGAACAAUUUGGUAAACAAAACAUUUCGUCCUAGACUAGGUUAGGGUUUGUGAGGACUUUCAUGCUCUGCUGUCCACCUAGAUUCGCUUCAUUAGAGCAAGAUGUAGAUACAUGUCUGUAGCAGCAUGAGCAAAAGCAUCAUCCUGUGGGUUCAUUACAUCUGUGUACAGUUGACUGUAAACACAAGUUUACAACCUACGCUAUGUUGUUAAAUUAAAUUGUGUACUGCCCAAAUAUUUAAAUUAUAAACACUCCAUGUACCAAAUGGUGCACAAUUAGGUUUAGAAAGAUUUGGGGACACAAAACCCUGGUAAAAUCAAGAGUAAUCUUUGUGUAUAGUGAGACAUUUAAUGAUCUUCAUUGUUAAAAAUGUAAUAAGCAUAUAGUAAUAAAAAAAAAUUGUUGCAACUUAUUUGAUGAUGAUUAUUAUAUUAUAAUGCUUGGGAGAAAUGCUUAAGCAUGCAAGAGCAGUCUUAUCAAUUCAAUUCAAAAGUAAAUAAGUCUAAAUGGUUGAAUAUGAGUGCAGGAAUUGACUGAUUUGGUGUUUUUAUUCCUUGAUAAAGUUUUGAUUGAUUCCGUUACAUUAUUACCCAUUAUAGAAAAGAUAUAAACCAACGAAAAGUAAAUAACAGUCAUUGCUAUAUAUUUACAUUGGUCUACGCAUAUUCACUCCUUUUGUCUCUUCUUAAGUCUUAAAGAAUGCUACUUGGACAGUUGGGCUUAUGAAAAGUAUCGGUGCUUGGAUGGACUGAUAAGAAGUGGUGAGUGAUGUGCCCUUGGUUAUUGUGAUAUGGUAUGAGAAACGGACGAUUACUGUGUAUUGUUCAUUUAUAAUCAUUGUUAUAUUAUAAGUGUUAAAGGUAAAUAGAUUAUAUGUUAUCUCGCCGUUGACCUCUGGGUGUAUGUUUUUAAUAUUAUUCGAAAAAAAAUAUCUGAGAUAGAUUCCUAUCUGUUUGCGUAAUUUUUCCAUACUCCUUACCAAUUGUGAAUAGAAGAGGGUGGUCAUGAAUCUAUUAGUUUGUACUAAGUUAAUGGUAACUAACUGUAAAUGUAAUUGGAAGACUCCUUUUACUUCCAUCUAUCUUGUUGUUGGGCCUGCUACUGUGAAUGCACUUCGACCCCUCAGGAUCUUUUGUACUUGCCCCAUAUGCUCCCAAAUAGCUUCAAUUGCCCACUUGAAGAAUAUGAUUGAAGCUUUUAGGUUGGAGGCAAUGGUUGUGGAUGUGCAACUCCAAGGUUCAUCCCUUUAUAACCCACCUGUCGCAAUUCACAAAGCAAAUGCUCCAUAGAUUCAACAGCCUUGUUGCAAGCUCUUUGUGUAGGGUCAUCAAUAAUGUCCAUUUUAAAAGAAGCCUACUUCAAUUGCUCUGCAAGAAUUUCUUGGAGUACCUUCUAUUUUGUCCCAUUUUGCCUUCUUGGGCAGGUUGACUUCACGUCGGUUGUCUAUGAAUUGUCCUUGAUAAAUAAAUUCUUACUUUUGAUGUUAAGCAUCUUAGGGGCCUAAAAGUAUGUUUUUAUCUUUUGUUAAAGCUUGGUAAUAAUUUAAUGAUAUGAUUCUUACUCCAUCUUAAUUACUGAUAUUUUUAUGUGCUUAACAAAUUAUAAUCAGAACAAAUACCCACAGAGGAAGAGGAAUCAUCUUCACAGACCUAUAAAUUAUAACACAAUAAUUUGAGAGUAGGCCCACAUAAAAAGAGUUUUCCAAUGUGGUAAGAGGGCCGAUUCGUUUCACCCUCCUUUGGGCAGGAAUUUUAAAUUUUCUGCAUUUUUACUGUAAAACUUUAUGCGAUCAUUGCAUUAUUAUGGUGGAACUCUUUUAGCAUGAGGGACACCCAUUUAAAGGAUAUACUGUCUGUAAGGGAUAUAUGGUCUGUGCACAAAAUGUCGACUCAACACCCAACUUUUCACCAACCCAAAUUAUAGCAUUGAAAUAUCAGUUUGAAGGAUAGCCUAGUGUGUAAUACUGAUCUCCCUUUAAGUUCACACUCUAGCACUUAUAACUUCUUGUUAUGUUUAAUCUUAAUUUCUUAAAUUAAGAAAUUAAAUAUCAUCGGCUUAAAUGGUUAAGGAAAACCUGUAUAUCUGAGAAUUGUCCACAAUGUUCUCAAAGCUGUGUGCAGGAAAACAAUGGGCACUCUGCCAUUUCGGUACACUGAACUAAACCCUUCAAAUUCCGUGAGACUGACUCGUGAGGUAAAGUGAGGAUGCCGAAGAACGUCAACUAAUUCUAAAAUAUUGAAAAUCUUGCCUCAUGUCACAUAACGUGAAGCUAACAUUGCAAUGCUCUAAUUUCAGUCAAGUCAGUAUUUGAGUCUAUGAUGUGCCCAGGUCAUGUUGAAUGUACGAUAAUAUUUUACAUUCAUUUAACCAGUGUGUGUGAUUUUAUAAUAAUAUUUUAUAAUAUUAUGUGACUAGUUUAAAGCGUAGCUGCUUUAAAGAUCGUUUUUCAACUAAAAUAUGUUUGUAAUGAACAGGGUUGGCAUAAAUAAAAUUUUAAAAGAACUACUAAGUCGUAACUAGCCAACCACAGAAGAGUAUUUGAUAGUCUUUUGGUGAAUAUAUUCUCCCCCAUCCCAAACUUAUAAGGUUUUUUCUAACUUGACAUUUUUUUAUAACAAGACAAUUACUUAUAUGGUGGAUAUGACUGACUAUACUUUUGUAUGAUAGCAAAAAAAUUGCAUUUUGGUAUUAUAAUAAAGGUCUGAUUAAACAGGCUGCGGAAAUAUAAAAUAUGUAUAUGAUAUAGGUGUGAAAAAUAUUGACCAUUCUUCUGCGGUUGUAUUUUUAACAUUUUUGGUUUUGAACUUCUUUAUGUUUGAAAAUAAAACAUUUUAAAUUAAGUCGAUAAAUAAAAUUAGCUCUU